UGAGAAAGUAUAAGGGCAUAACUAAAAAUUAACAACUUCCCACAUUAUAUAGCACGAUAAGUUAUCAACACCCAAGCAAACCCUCCUUUCUAUAUUUCAUUUUUCUUCCCUUUCUGUGCGGCUAGGGUUUUAGCUCACUCUUCUCCUCACAAGAUGAAUGUAGAAAAGCUACGCAAGAUGGCCGGUUCGGUCAGAACUGGUGGAAAGGGUACCAUGAGAAGAAAGAAGAAGGCUGUACACAAGACAACUACAACAGAUGACAAAAGACUACAGAGCACCUUGAAAAGAAUAGGUGUCAAUGCUAUCCCCGCUAUUGAAGAGGUCAACAUUUUCAAGGAGGAUGUUGUUAUCCAAUUCAUUAACCCCAAAGUUCAAGCAUCUAUUGCUGCGAACACAUGGGUCGUUAGUGGUACCCCCCAGACAAAGAAAUUGCAGGAUAUUCUUCCUCAGAUUAUUCACCAGCUGGGUCCUGAUAAUUUGGAGAAUUUGAAGAAGUUGGCUGAGCAGUUCCAGAAGCAGGCACCUGGUGGUGCUGCAGGUACAGAUGCGGUUGAAGGUGCUGCGGUAGCACAGGAAGAUGAUGAUGAGGUACCAGAACUUGUGGCUGGUGAAACUUUUGAAGCUGCUGCUGAGGGUCACACUUCCUAAGUUUUUGUUGAAUUCCCUUUUACUUUCUGUGUUUUGAUAUCAGAUUUUACCUUUUAGCUUUUGAGUGUUCUAUUUGAAUGUCUAUUUGUGACACAUCUCAAAAGAAUUUUUAAAUGCUUUUACUAGUAAGCUACUUCGCAAUUCAAA